UAGCCUUGGAGGUGUCUGCGGGGCCAUGGACCGGCCUGGGUUCACGGCUUCGCUCGUGGCUGGUGGGGUAGCAGGUGUUGCUGUCGACUUGAUAUUAUUUCCUCUGGAUACCAUUAAAACCAGGCUUCAGAGUCCACAAGGAUUUAAUAAGGCUGGUGGUUUUCGUGGAAUCUAUGCUGGCGUUCCUUCUGCUGCUGUUGGAUCCUUUCCUAAUGCUGCUGCUUUUUUUAUCACCUAUGAAUAUGUGAAAUGGUUGUGGCACACUGAUUCAUCUUCAUAUUUAAUGCCUGUGAAGCAUAUGUUGGCUGCCUCUGCUGGAGAAGUGGUUGCCUGCCUGAUUCGAGUUCCUUCUGAAUUGGUUAAGCAGAGGGCACAGGUAUCUGCUUCUUCGAGAACAUUUCAUAUUUUCUCUAACAUCUUAUAUACAGAGGGCAUCCAAGGAUUGUAUCGAGGCUACAAAAGCACAGUUUUAAGAGAGAUUCCUUUCUCAUUGGUCCAGUUUCCCUUGUGGGAGUCCUUAAAAGCCCUGUGGUCCUGGAGGCAGGAUCAUGUGGUGGAUUGUUGGCAGUCAGCAGUCUGUGGAGCUUUUGCAGGUGGAUUUGCAGCUGCAGUCACCACACCUCUGGAUGUGGCGAAAACAAGAAUCAUGUUGGCAAAGGCUGGUUCCAGCACCGCUAGUGGGAAUGUGCUGUCUGCGCUGCACGGGGUCUGGAGGACACAGGGGCUGUCAGGAUUAUUUGCAGGUGUCUUCCCUCGAAUGGCAGCCAUCAGUCUGGGAGGUUUCAUCUUUCUUGGUGCUUAUGAGCAAACCCGCAGCUUGCUCUUGGAACUUGGCAGAGCGCGCCCCUGAAUUGGGGAUGGUACCCCAAGCACGGCUCUCAAGAAAGGGGACGCCGGGGGAGCAGCCGAGUGCUCCCCUGCACCGGGCUCGUGUGUGAAGAUGGGGACCUUGAGAACAGUGUCUUCCCUGCUGUUGGAUGGCUGGCACGCUCACGUGGCACCCUGGCCACAGUGGUACUCUCAACCCUUUCUCAGGCCCC